AUGACAGCUCGAAGACAACACCCCCUCACCUGCCGGCAACUACAACCCGUCCAUCUCUAUGGUCCGGCGUGCUGGUCGUUGAACAAGCGAGAGUCCGUUUACCGUUUCUCAAUACAUUUCUUAGCACUGCAACUACAAGCUGCCUCAGAUAUGGCCGGCUUUCACAAUUCGGCGCCUCGGACGCUGGAGGAGAUGAUGAACAAGGACCCAACCCUGAUCGUGAACGGCAAUGCUGACGAUGCCAACGGGCCGACGCCUCAGCCUCUUGAGCGAUAUGGCGAGCCGCUGCACAAGAGCUGGAUACCGUUGUACAAGAAGCCCAUGAGGACACCUACGAGAAAGCUUCGAAUAGCAUGCAUUGGAGCUGGAAUUAGUGCUAUGAAUUUGGCCUACAAGAUCUACCACGAGUGGCAGGAGUCUCUAGGCGACUUUACGGAGCUUGUCUUCUAUGAAGCGAACGAAGAUCUGGGGGGCACUUGGCUUGUCAACACGUAUCCAGGAGUUGCUUGUGAUGUGCCUGCCCACAUCUAUACUUUCCCGUUCGAACCGAAUCCUUCGUGGUCAGCUUUUUACGCAAGUGGGGAAGAGAUUCUGGAGUACUUCAAGAACGCUGUGGCGAAGUGGGAUCUUGCCAGAGACGUCAAGUGUGGCCAUAGAGUUUCCGAGGCUCAGUGGAACGAAGACGAGGGCAAGUGGCAUCUUACAAUGGACACCAAGAACGGACCUGUUGAAGAUGCUUGUGACAUCUUCGUGUCUGCGGUAGGCUUCCUUUCGAAAUGGCGGUGGCCGAGCAUACCUGGGGUGGGCACCUUCAGUGGGACUUUAAUGCACUCUGCUGCUUGGGAUACUGCUUUCGACUCGACGAACAAGAAGAUCGGAGUGAUUGGCAACGGAAGCUCUGCAAUUCAAAUCAUACCGCAAAUCGUCGAAAAAGCAACACACCUAACAAACUUUAUUCGAAAUCCGACAUAUAUUACCGCCGGCCUGGGGUCUGGUAUAAUAGGCGGCCAAACACAGUACGUUCACAGCGAGGAAGAAAAGCGCAAGUUUCGCGAAGAUCCCUCGGCCCUGAAAGAAUACCGCAAGAAGAUUCAAGCAGGCUCCAAUCGUUCCUUCGACAUGUUCGUCAAACACUCCGAAGCACAAGAAGCAGGCCGAAAGAUAACUACCAACCAAAUGAAAGAGAAGCUAGGCAACGACGAGGACCUUGCCGCUAAGCUCACACCAGACUACGAAGUCGGGUGCCGUCGUGCGACUCCAGGCCCCGGAUACCUCGAGGCCUUCCAAAGAGACAACGUCUCACUCGUGACAGACCCAAUAGACCACAUCGAAGUCACAGGAAUCCGCACUACGGACGGUACUCUCCAUGAAGUCGAUGCGAUUGUCUGCGCCACUGGCUUCGACGUCUCUCAGCGUCCUCCUUUCCCCUUGAUCGGCCGAGAUGGCGUUACACUCUCCCAAUACUGGGAGAAAGAACCCAUGUCAUACUUAUCACUCUGCGCCCACUCUUUUCCAAACUUCUUCACGUUUAGCGGCCCCAACGCGCCAGUAGGCCACGGUUCUUUGAUGGCCGGUCUCAGCUGGAGUGCUGAUUACAUCUGCCAAUGGAUCAAGAAGAUUGCAGAUGAAGAUAUCAAAUCCGUAGAUGUAAAGCAGGAGGUACUGGAGGAGUUCAACACGUACAGUGAUGAGAUUAUGCAGACCCUAGCCUGGAGUGGUGGAUGCCAUAGUUGGUACAAGAAUCACCGCAAGGAUGGGAAGGUGACUGCAGUAUGGGCAGGCAGUGUGAUCUCCUACCAUGACAUGAUCGAACACAUACGACCGGAAGAUUUCGAGAUAAAGUAG